AUGACUUCCUUCUUCAAUCCCUCUCUUCCUAUCUUGUUCCUUUCCAUUCUUAGCUUCCUCAGUCUUACCGCUCAUGCUGCUGACCCUUAUCUUCUGAGCUACGUAUGUGAAAACACCACUUUCAGCGCCAGUGAUAGCAUCUACCAAUCCAAUCUAAACUCCCCCCUUUCUUCUUUCUCCUCCAACGCCAACGUCGAUUUCUUCGCCACCACCCGCGGCUCAGACACCUCCGAACCUGUCUACGGCUUCUUCAACUGUCGCGGUGAUCUCACUUCUCAAGACUGCCGAGAUUGCGUGAACGCAGCAGUGAAAGAAAUAACCAACAAUUGUUCAACACAAAAAGUCGCUAUCAUAUGGUACGAUAUGUGCGUUUUGCGCUACUCCAACAGGUCUUUCUUUUCCACCGUCGACGAAACACCAAUGUUCGGCUUGUUGAACACGCUGGAUGUGACUGACCCGAACAAGUUCAAUCAGUUACUUAACGCGUCGUUGAUUGAGUUGUUGGUUGAGUUGGCAAAGGAAACCUCGAACGUUCCAACCGGUGCUAAUAAGUUUGGGACCAAGCAAGUGACUAUGACUAAUUUUCAAACACUUUACAGCCUUGUACAGUGCACACCGGACCUUGGAAAGCAAGGGGGCAGAAUUGUUUUUCCCAGUUGCAAUCUUAGGUACGAAUUGUACCAAUUUUAUGAAACCGUAGCGACGGUGCCCCCACCAUCUCCAGGACUUCAACCUCCAUCUCCAGGUUCCGUCAGUGGACCAAGAGCAAUCAUGUCUCACGAUAGUGGUAAGAGCACUGCCGAAGAUGAUACAAAAUUGGCUGAUCCGAAAAUGUUUUUGGAGGCCAUGAUGAGUGAGAUGAGGCGUGUGAUGAAGAUGGAGAUGGCACAGGUUCACGAACGGAUAGAUCAGAUGGAGAAUAGACGUGAGGAGCAACCACAAAACGGUCGUAAUUUGCGUAGAAGGGAAAGAGUUCCACCGAGGGAGGAGGAUGAAGACCGUUAUGGGUCUGGUUUUGAUGAAGAAGAAGAUCGGGAUUCCAUUGUUAGCAAUAGAAGACCUGGAGGAAGAUUUAGAGAAGCUAGGAAUCGCGAAGAUAACAACUUGGGUGGUAUUAAGAUGAAGAUUCCGUCCUUUCAAGGUAGGUCUAAUCCUAAGGCAUAUCUUGAGUGGGAGAAGAAGAUGGAGUUCGUGUUUGAUUGCCACAAUUACUCCGAGACAAAGAAGCUUGUGAAAAACAGGAGGCGGAAUAGAGAACACCCAAUAGACACAUGGGAGGAGAUGAAAGUAGUGAUGAGAAAGCGAUUCGUUCCAAGUUACUACUACCGAGAGUUGUACAAAAAGCUAUAA